CCCGAACCUCUCUGGCUCCCGCUGCCUCCUGCUACACGGCUCGGCUCGGGGUGGCUCUUCUUUCCCUGCAGGUGAUUUGGCGAUUCUUGAAGUCCACCACAACCUUUUAAGUCAGGCCUGAUCUGCGAAAUGGAAUAAGGCUGAAAAAUUAUCCACUUCUUUCCUCCUGUGUGAAAUUGAGACUAGAUUGGGAUGGUCUUGGGUGCUUGUGGCUAGAUUCUCACUGCAGCCAUGAGUUCAGAGGAAAAGGGCAUAUCCCCUGCUCACAGAACCUCCACUCCAACCCAUAGAAGUGCCUCCUCUUCAUCGUCCUCCCAAAGGGAAAGUAGGCAGAGUGUCCACAUUUUAGAGAGGAAUGCUUCUGCUGGUAAUGAGCCAUCUGCAAGCAGGCAGUUGCUAGAAACUGAACCUGUCUCACUCUCGAAGGAGGCUGACAGCUGGGAAAUCAUAGAGGGCCUGAAAAUAGGCCAGACUAAUGUCCAGAAGCCAGACAAACACGAAGGAUUUAUGCUGAAGAAAAGAAAAUGGCCUUUGAAAGGCUGGCACAAGCGAUUUUUUGUCCUGGAUAAUGGAAUGUUGAAGUAUUCAAAAGCACCACUUGAUAUUCAAAAAGGCAAGGUCCAUGGGAGCAUUGAUGUUGGGUUGUCAGUUAUGUCAAUUAAAAAGAAAGCUCGGAGGAUAGAUCUUGACACUGAAGAACACAUCUAUCAUCUAAAGGUGAAAUCACAGGACUGGUUUGAUGGUUGGGUCUCCAAACUCCGCCACCACCGAUUAUACCGUCAGAAUGAAAUUGUAAGGUCACCGAGGGAUGCAAGCUUUCACAUAUUUCCUUCAACCUCUACAACAGAAUCUUCACCAGCUGCUAACGUUGCAGUUGUGGAUGGGAAGGUACCACAGAACAAUUUCCCAUGGCAGCCACCUAUACCGUGCAGUAAUAGCCUACCUGCAACUUGCACCACUGGCCAGAGUAAAGUGGCAGCUUGGUUACAGGACUCUGAAGAAAUGGACAGAUGUGCAGAAGAUCUCGCACACUGCCAAUCAAAUCUCGUGGAACUUAGUAAACUCCUUCAAAAUUUGGAAAUACUACAAAGAACUCAGUCGGCCCCAAACUUCACUGAUAUGCAGGCUAACUGUGUAGAUAUUUCAAAGAAAGACAAGCGGGUCACAAGACGAUGGAGAACAAAAAGCGUCAGCAAAGAUGCAAAAAUACAACUUCAGGAAGGGCCACCUCCGAAAGGCCAAUUCAGCACCACACGGCGCCGGCAGAGGCUAGCAGCGGCAGUGGCUACAACAGUUCCUUUCAGUGCAACAAUGUCCCCUGUUCGGCUGCAUUCCUCCAACCCCAACCUUUGUGCAGAUAUUGAAUUUCAGACUCCCCCAAGCCACCUGACUGACCCCCUAGAAACUUCCACAGAUUACACAAAGCUUCAAGAAGAAUUUUGUCUCAUUGCUCAGAAAGUGCAUUCCCUUUUGAAGUCAGCUUUUAACAGCAUAGCUAUUGAGAAAGAAAAGCUAAAACAGAUGGUUUCUGAACAAGAUCACAAUCAAGGCCAUAGCACACAGAUGGCAAGACUCAGACAAUCGCUUUCUCAGGCACUUAACCAGAAUGCCGAGCUGCGGAGUCGCUUAAACCGGAUACAUUCAGAGUCUGUUAUUUGUGAUCAAGUUGUCAGUGUAAAUAUUAUUCCUAGCCCUGAUGAGCCUGGGGAGCAAAUCCAUGUCAGUCUCCCUCUAUCACAGCAAGCUGCUAAUGAGAGCCGGCUCUCUAUGUCUGAAUCUGUCUCGGAGUUCUUUGAUGCCCAGGAGGUACUUCUCUCAGCUAGCUCGUCAGAAAAUGAGGCUUCAGAUGAUGAGUCUUAUAUCAGUGAUGUGAGUGAUAACAUAUCUGAAGACAAUACCAGUGUUGCAGACAACAUUUCUCGGCAAAUCCUUAAUGGAGAGCUUACAGGAGGCGCGUUCCGAAAUGGACGUCGAACUUGUCUCCCAGCUCCAUGUCCUGAUACUAGCAACAUUAAUCUGUGGAAUAUUUUGAGAAACAACAUUGGCAAAGAUCUGUCUAAGGUCUCUAUGCCUGUGGAAUUGAAUGAGCCCCUCAACACUCUGCAGCAUCUCUGUGAGGAAGUAGAAUACAGUGAGCUCUUGGACAAGGCCUCAGAAACUGAUGACCCAUAUGAGCGCAUGGUUCUCAUUGCUGCAUUUGCAGUUUCAGGAUACUGCUCUACCUACUUCAGAGCAGGAAGUAAGCCAUUCAACCCUGUGCUUGGUGAGACAUAUGAGUGCAUUCGAGAAGACAAGGGAUUCCGUUUUUUCUCAGAGCAGGUUAGCCAUCAUCCACCCAUUUCUGCCUGCCAUUGUGAAUCAAAGAAUUUUGUGUUUUGGCAAGAUAUAAGAUGGAAAAACAAGUUCUGGGGGAAAUCCAUGGAAAUCCUACCUGUGGGAACACUGAAUGUGACACUUCCAAAGUAUGGAGAUUACUACGUAUGGAACAAAGUCACAACAUGCAUCCAUAACAUUCUCAGUGGGAGGAGAUGGAUAGAGCAUUAUGGAGAAAUCACUAUUAGAAAUACAAAGAGCAGUAUUUGUAUCUGCAAACUCACAUUUAUCAAGGUAAAUUAUUGGAAUUCUAACGUAAAUGAAGUCCAAGGGGUUGUCAUGGAUCAGGAGGGAAUGGUUCACCGUCUCUUUGGAAAGUGGCAUGAAGGACUGUACUGUGGCAUACCACCAUCAGCAAAGUGCAUAUGGAGGCCAGGUUCCAUGCCAACCAAUUAUGAACUCUACUAUGGCUUUACAAGGUUUGCUAUUGAGCUCAAUGAAUUAGAUCCUGUCCUGAAAGAACUCCUUCCUCCAACAGAUGCCCGAUUCCGGCCUGAUCAAAGGUUUUUGGAAGAAGGAAAUUUAGAAGCAGCAGCUGCUGAGAAGCAAAGAGUAGAAGAGCUCCAAAGAUCCAGAAGGCGAUACAUGGAAGAAAAUCACCUGGAACAUAUACCAAAAUUUUUUAAAAAAGUCAUUGAUGCCAAUCAAAGAGAAGCCUGGGUUUCUAAUGACACCUACUGGGAGCUUCGAAAGGACCCUGGUUUUAGCAAAGUAGAAAGCCCUGUACUCUGGUAACCCGAGACUGUAGAUCUGAGUACACAUAUCACACUUUGAAUGAAUAAAUAACUAUGCACAAUGAUGUUUCUUAUAGCUAAGCGUGGUUUGUGGGUCUACAGAAAACUUACCAUUUGCUUUUCUAUUCAUCUUUAUAAUGGACUUUCAAAAGUGCAUUAGACCAGGCCCCUGACCACUUUGGGAUCCUUUCUGUUUUGCUGCAGCCAUACUCCUUAAAACGUCCUCACCCUCGAAACACAGAAUAAAGGGAGCAGAUAAAAGUAAUCCAAAGUCUGAAGAGUUUGUAAAGGGAAAAAAAACUGUACCUGGUGCUUAAAGCCAACCUCGAGAGUUCAAAAUAAUAUGUACAAAUGUAUAAAACAUGAAUUUGGUCAUUUGCUUGGAAGAGCCAUGAUUAUAUACUAUAAACUCCUGGGUCACAGGUGUGGGUCAGUUCAGGCUUGACGUUUGUCUGUCCUUUGAUGUGACAUGCUUGUGCUGGCCUUGUUAAACAACAAUGACAACAACAACAACAAAACAUGAUGCUUUGGGAAACCUGUUCCAUCCAUACGCCAUUGUUCAUGCCUUAAGAAAUGUGAAGAUAUAAAAUAAAUCAUUUUAAGAUGUGUGCUCUUAGGCUGGUGUGAAGAAUGGAUCUUUUUGAAGCAUGAUAUGAUUCCCAUUCUGGGGGUCAAAGCAACCCCAUAGAGGAGCAUAAACAGGUGAUCACAUGGCAAGGAGAAGCUGCACAAUUGGCUUUGAUGAGAUGGAUGCUAGGGUUGGGAUCCAUCAGAAGAGAAAUCGAAGGCUGCAUCCAGGUUGCUAGUUAAGAAGUUCCUAUUCCUAAAAUACCCUUCACUGAGAAAUAAUCCCUGCUGGUCUUGAAAUCACAGUGAGCCCAUUUAGUGGACAAAAUCUAAUUUGCUUACUUUGCGUCAGUGUUAAGAAACCUUUGAAGGAGAACCUGCAGGACGUGAAGAGCCCUUCUGGGCUCGAUAGUACUAUAAUCUUAACUGUCAUUUUUAUGUAAGGCACAGAGGAGAUUUAAUUACAUAGAUUUAGAGCUGGGAUUUGUCAUCAUAUUGCUUGCCAACCUCCUGACUCCCUCACCCAGGAUCCCUAGAUAAUUUUCAGUAGGGACAGGAAGAGGAACACUACCUAUUAGCACUGAUGACUGAUUAUUUGUGUUGUCUAAAUGAGUCCUAUGCAAAACUAUGUUUUAUGUUUUCCAUUAAGGGAGUCUGAGUUUUUUCAGGGAGGAAACAAGAUUUUUGUUGGUAGAUGGCCAUUUAUUUAUCAAGCACUUAAGGUUUUGGGUUUUUUUCAGCAAUGGAAGAAAAAUGGAUGAGGAAUUCAUCGCUUACCCCAAAAGUGGCCAUACCUGUAUUUUGCAUAAUUUAGGGCCUGUUUUUCCACUGCCACAUGGGAGGGUUAUACAGGCAACUUGCAUCAGUAUUCACUGUUUGUUUUGCAUGUAAAUGGCAAAAUUAACGCCUGUAUGAAGAUCUCAAGAGAUUUUCUUACAGAAUGCCUACAUAUACACUCAUAUAUUUAUUCUUAGUUAGAGCCAUAUAACUGGGCUGCAACUGUUAUCUUAAACUGAUAACAAGAUCAUUGAAAUUUUACUUGUUUAAUCACACAUAGUGAUUCUAGUAUUUAUCACCCCCAACAAAAAAGCCAAGGCUUUAAGUAAAAAUGUAUAUUCCAUUCUUUAGAUAACACCUGUAUCAGGAAUAAAAAGGGAAAAUUCUAAUGAAAGCUUGGGUAAAAGGGAUAGAAUCUUUCAUAGGCUAACCAGUUUGGUCAAUAAGACAGGGCACAUAUUCAGGCUUCCGGUUUAAUCUGAUAGGAAUGCAAAUGGAAGGGGUAAAAUUUUGCAUUGGUUUGCAUAAGGGACGCAGACCAUAUUAAAUUAGCAAAUAAUCAGAUUUUUGGCAUCUCCUUUAAACCACACGAAUUUGUCUCCUUCCCACUUUUCCAGUUAACCCCAUUCCACAUCUGUGGGCGGUUCCACCCAUGGGAUUACAUGCCUUCUUCCAUGCUCAGCCCACUCCUCUGUCUGUCCAUACAACUUCCUAAGGCGUAAGCUUUCAAAAGAAUCCUCCUGACCUCUUCUCAUGAAAACAGCUGCUGACCUGCUGUAAUUAGUGUUUGAAGCUUCCCUUUUCUGCCCUUAGGAGUGCUUCCUUGAAGUAGCUCAUAACACAGUCCAAACAUAGGGGGAGUAUUAUACGAGAUACGGGAUUAUUAAGGGCACAGCUGUAGAAAAGUAACAUAGGGGAUUGCUUGAGGAGCAGAGAGGCAGUUUGAGAAGGCUAAGAAAGAUAAAUAGAAGCUUGCCAUAUUGUAAAUUUGAAUUGGAAAGAAUAACACUUCUACUGAGGAUGUGGAUUCUAAGAUGGGUAAAAGAGAUCAUUUGUUAGGAAGUAAGUUUUAAUUUCACAGCAGGCAGAAGCUAACCUGAUGCUCUCCAGUUGAAACUGAGGAUAUGAGGAAUAUAUAUACAUACAUACACACACACACACAUACAUAAUCAGCUAACCAUACCAUUUUAGAGUUUCCAAACCCAAAAGGCCUCUGACACAUACAAAUUAUAUGACCAUGAAGAAGUUAUUUAACAUCUCAAUGCCCCAUACAAUUCUCUAAGAUAAUUUACAGUUUGUAUCAGUGGAGGGAGUUUCCAUAUUGGAUAUUCUAUACUGAUGAAAUCGCAGGUCUGGAUGCUCCCUCAUGCCCUUGAAAAAAGUCACCCAAAAACCUAUAUUUCUUAAUCUUUUGAGUUUUAGACUUGAUCAGACUAUCAUUUGAAAAUGUUCAGCAAAGUUUUUAGAAAACAUUACAUUGAAUACUAUAAAUGCUAGAAUUGAUGUGUGCAUUUCACUUCCUAGUGGUUCAUAUUUCAUAUAUUAUUCAUGCAGUGCUUAAAUGAUUGUGAAAUUUAUGAUCUUUAGAUUUUUUUUUAUGAAGUGGUUUAAUUGAAACUAUAUCUAACAGCAGAAAUGAAGAGUAAUAUCAGUUAGUUGUUUUGAUAAAAACCUAAAUGGAGUCAUUAACACUCUAUACGCCUAUUUUGUUAUUAAGACCUCUGCCCACAAAAGACUUUACCAAUAAUGUUGUGUUUUCCCAAACAUUUGUUCACCACCUCUCCUUUCAUUAUUUCUAGCCAUUAAGGAGAGCAGCAACAAAUGAUUAUGACUCUGUAGCCGGGGCUGUGGAUAUGUAAAAUGGGUCACUGGUAUAGCCCAGCAAAGAGGCAGCAGCAGAAACAAGUUUAUUACUGCCUAGCAUAUGAAGUGGCUCUCUAAUAAUCCAGUUCUUUUAAAGAUGACAUUUUUUCAUUAAAAGGAGUUUAUUUCCAGGGGUUGAAAAAUAUAUUCCUCAUUAUAAUUUCCAUAAAAAUUAUGAAUAAGUGAAAGAAAAGGCAUUAUUAAAAAUUUAUAGUGGUGCAAUGCAUUGGGUAUACAAAUAGGGAAGUAAGAUAGUCUCCAAUCACAAGGAGUUCACAUCCAAUUAGAGAUAAAUAACACAUAGAGGAGGGCAAAUGGAAAAGCCCAGUAAUCCUUAGUACAGUGGCAAGGCCAAUGCUAAUGCAUCUUCUUUAAUCAAACUCUGAUUUUUUAUAAACAUAAUAACUUAAAAUAGCACUUUAAAAUUAUAUGUGCUCAUAACUAUAAAAAGCUUUCUCUCCCAAAACCCAUUAACCAUCACUUAAGCUAUCUUCCAACCUAUCACUGAGAGUUGUUUUAUUUCUCCUAUUCUCCUAUUAAAAAUGACUUUUUCACUCCCAACCAAGAAACCUUUGGCCUAAAGAGUAAUUAUCCAUUUCUUGAAUUAUCAGACAUAUUUUGCUCAUCAUUCUUCUAGCUUCUUCCUGUCUCUUAGAUAUUUCACUAAAUUGUUAGCUCCUCCACCAAGAAAUGGUUAGGAGAAAUCAAGACAAAAACUAACCUAAGUUCCUUCUGUUUAGCAAACCAGUUAAAAGGAGAGCUGCUAGGAAGAGAAGCAGUAUUUUGCUAGCUAAAAGGCAGUUGAUGUGGCCAUCACUAUAUGGAUUUUAAUUUUCCAUUCUUUGCCAGUCCCCUGCCCUCACAGAUAGGGAUCACAAAUGGUAAUGGGGUGAGGGCUCAGCACAAACUGGAGUUUCAAAUAAAAAAUGGAUUAUUAAGAUAGUCCAGCCUGUGUAGAAAAGUGGAGUCGUUUCCACAAAAGAGCCAUUAUGUUAAAGCUUUAUAAAAAAUCACAUCUGUGUUCAGAACAUCUUAAUGAGACAACCUGGAAUCUGUUUUCAUGCAUUAGUGAUUUUCUCAUUGAAAAGGUUGCCCUUGGACCAAAGUACUUUCUUCAGAACAGCCCCAUAGCUUAGGCGAUGCACUGCUAAUGAAGGCUAGCAUCUCACCCUUGUAAUUCUUUUCAUUAAAUUCCUUUUGUAAUUUUUCAACCUACAUUUCAAGCACCAUGGAGUGCUUGCACCCAAGUUUAGUCUAUAUUAUAGUAUUUCUGGCUCACCUCUAGCUUGGAUGAGUAAGUGUAAUAACAGCAUCCAUGUCUGAUGUAGAACUUCAAGGCCUUGUUUGACCCCAAACUUUUUGUCUUUAGGUCCAUUUAGAGGAAAUGACAAAAUAUAUCACUUCUAGAAAAGGUGAUAUUGGCUUUCCUGAGUAUAGACUUAGUAUAAAGGGAGAAUGCCUUGUUCAGGCCAGUAUGAUAAAUGCAAUAUAUCCAACAUUUUAAGCACAUGCUACCCGAAUGAAUAAGCCAGUUUAAAUUUGGUUUGUAUCUAAAAUCACUUACCCCUUAAUAUUCUACAUCCUUUUAUCUUUCAAAACAAUGAAUUGAUUUGUAUUCCCUCCAAUUCCUAAACUCUCAUUCAAGGGACAGGAAUGCAUUUAUGUGUCUUUGUUUUACCUUUUUUUUGGGGGGAUAUGGCAUUCCACUUUUGUAAAAUAUGCAAUAUUUAUGCAUGCUUGUAGGUUUAAAAAAACACCGUAACUAUCACAGACUCUUCACGAGCUAAAAACAAUGCCGUACAGUUAUAGAGCACUUGUUACCUCAAUAUUUUCAAAUAUAGAGCACCUGGUGGGGUUUUAUGUCUUGUUUUCUGCAGAUUUGUUUUCUGUAAUGUAAAAAUGUUUAUAUUCAUCUUUCCAUUCUGUCCCUCUCACCAUCAUUUUCCAUUUACUAUGUUUGUAUGGGGAUGGGGCAAGGAAAGGGAAGUGGAAGCUCAAGAAAAGAGAGUAUAAUCCAAUUUGCAUACUGCCUAUUCACCUAAUUUUUAGCCACUAUAAUAAGCAGAUGAACUUCUCAGCACUGUUUUUUUUAAGUCUUCCUUCUGUUGCAAUAGGUUUCUUCUCUUCACUUUGAUUAUACUUUAUAUAUUCUCAUCCCCAUAGAUCUUCAAUAAUUAAAAUAAUGUCCUGGAAAAAAAUUAAGCCGAUUAUUUUAAGAUGGUUACAUCAUAGUUCGUGUAAGAUCAUUGUUAUGUGUGCAUAAACACACUGUGUCUUUCAAAACCUCCCUUACAAACACACACACACACACACACACACACACACACACACACACAUGCCUGAAGUAGCAAUAUGUAGGAGAAAUAGCAAUCAGUGCUAGCAAAGGUGGCCCAACAGAACUUGAACAAUAUGCUAUCUAAAUCUUAAAUUUCACAGUCUUAGAGAAUAAACAAACUUUUAUUUAAAAAUGACCGCAUCCAUGAAAUUCUAUCCUUCUGGAAUCCAAACUGGUUGCAGCGCUGAAGAAAGCAUGUUAAAUGUUGUCUUUAAGUGUCCCCUUGUAGUGAAAUAGUCACUGAAAGAGCAAUAUGAAUCCAGAAUUCUUGCUCUUGAGAAUCUGUGAUUUCAGUGUUGGUACUGAUUAUCAGAAGAGUGGCUAUGCCACCGAGAUGUUUGGUUACAUUCUCAAACUUCUGUUUGUUUUUCUUGCAAGACAUAUUUGCCUUCUGCUCUUCUCAGUGGGAUUUGUGGUACCGUCUCUGCUAUUUUCUGCAUUUGUUCUGCAUCUGGAAGAAAUGAGGUUAAAACUAAUUUUUGGCUGGGAAUGGGCACUAUUGGCAAUGCAUGAACCUGGGGCAGUCCUCCUAACACCAGAGCAUGGGUUUCCACUGAUCUCUCCUCCUGGCAAAUUCCAGUCAUUUAAUCAAAAACAUAAUACUCACCUCCAGGAGCUCCCUGUUCUCUAGCCAAAUGAAAAAUACUUGACAUUACCCAGUAAUGAAGAGAUAGGGUAUGAAAAGCUCAAGCAAAAGCUAUGAAAAGUCAAAAAUUAACUAAGGAAAGAUUAUGUAGAAGGAAUGCCUGUGGAGCUUACCAGUGGCAGAGGGUGGGAUACACUACUUAAUAGACACAACUCAUCCUCACCUGGUCCCAAGCUCAGCCAUUUUUGGUUCACUGAGCAUUGGAGAGUGGUAGGGGGCACGUUUUGCCUACCAUUACUUCAUAGGGUUCUAGGGCAAAACUGGCAACUGAUUGUCAAUAUUAUACAGAAGUGUUUUCCUGUUAAAUAGCAAUGUGUACAAAGCUGAGAAUACUGUACAAAACCAGUUAAGGCCCCCUCCAGGAACUAGAAACCCGUUGUAGAAGAGCCCAUCAUCCCAAAAAGCAUCAAAACAUUUCUUCCUGGUUAGCUCAUUUCCCCACUGGCUGUACUAUCCAGGUGCAAAAACUUGACACUGGAUGCUUGCAUAGCAAAUAUCAGUAGUGUUGCUUAUGGAGGAGUGAUGAAAAGGAUAAAACUAAAAAACCCAGUAGUAUUCAAUUCUGGAUAAAGGAUGGCCCAGAUCACUAAUCUACAGUGAGCUCCUAUGGGCCAUCAUAAGCCUCCUAGAAUGCUACAUGUAUGUAGCAUUCCAGCCUCCCCUUUCUUUCUCUGCAAUGUUUCUUUUUCCUGCAUUUCUCCUAUCAUGAUAGGAGGAAUUUAUAGUGGAAUCCCAGAAAGGAGGGUGGCCUUCUCUGAAACUAUGGAGCAAGAAGGCCUACUCACAAUUAUUUCAGUCACUGAUAGUUAACGUCAUAAAGAAGCUGCAUCAUCAGAUCUUCACCCAGGUGGGCUACUUCCCUGAGAGCAUAGUGGAAGAAUAGUUUACCUGAAACAGGUCCACUGCAAAGUUACUCAGCUUAUCAACUAGGGUGCAAAAUGUCUGGAAGGCAAUAAUCAUGGGCGGGUGGUUUGUAUUUAUGGUCAUUCUGAGAUGGAAAAUCAGAGCCAAUCUUAAAAUGAGGUAUGGGAUUCUAAUCUUAAAUGAGGUCUGGUAUUUCAAGGAGCUUUUUUUAAAAAAGGAAAAAGCCCAUAGUGAAAUUUCCUAAGAAAAGACUAAUUAUUCGCUGCAAAAAUGUUUAAAAUUGUGCCACCUCAAAAUAGGAAUUGUGCCUCUUUAAUGAAUGUUGUAUAUAUGAGAAUGUUACAUUUGUAAGAGCACAGGAAAAUCAAUAAAUUUUAAACGAAUUAACUAUCAAAA